CGUCUGCUUAAAUACGGGCGCAUUGCACUGCAUCAUCCCUGCGCUUACACGAUGGAACGGGGAUUUGACGACUAGCGACCGAUUUUACCUUUGGCGUUGCAGUGAGCUUUCGUCCGAUUUCCCAUCAUGGCGCGUGUCCCAGUGAUCGGAAGAUUGUUCUGGUUCGAGUACUUGGCUCUCUUUGCCUCCUUGAUCCUGGUUCUGCUGGAAUAUAUUAUUCACAUCAUCACUUUUUGUCUCCCGGACCCGAUAAUCACGUUCUGUUACGAUCGGUCCAAAACGAUAUUCAACCUUUUUAUCAGCCCGGAGAAUGCGGGCAAGCGCGGCAAGGAAGAGCGCCAGGCCACGGCGGUUGCACAAGCGUCGGAUUUCGUCGACAUCUGUUCCCUGUUCGGGUACGAGCCGGAAGAGCACAUCGUCCAGACGGGGGAUGGCUAUCUGCUCGGCCUCCACCGCUUGGCCUACCGGAAAGGGGAGGAGGGCUUGCGCGUCAACCAGGGGAAGGACAGCGUGAAAAAGAAAGUGGUCUACCUCCACCAUGGACUGCUCAUGUGCAGCGAGGUCUGGGUCUGCUUGACGGAGGAGCAGCGGUGCCUGCCCUUCCAAUUGGUAGAAAGGGGUUAUGACGUGUGGCUUGGGAACAAUCGCGGCAACAAGUACUCGAAGAAGUCCGUCAAACAUUCCCCGCUGUCCAACGAGUUCUGGGACUUCUCGAUCGAUCAGUUUGCCUUCCACGACAUCCCGGACAGCAUCAACUACAUCCUGGAGGUGACAGGGCAACCGUCCCUGUCAUAUGUGGGGUUCUCGCAAGGCACGGCUCAGGCGUUCGCGACGCUCUCGAUCCACCCGACGUUGAAUGAGAAGAUCGAUGUUUUUGUGGCUCUGGCGCCGGCGAUGGCGCCGACAGGCUUGCCGAACCCGCUCGUCGAUUCGCUCAUGAAAGCCUCGCCGAACUUUCUGUUUCUCCUGUUUGGGCGCCGCAGCAUCCUUAGUUCGACAACGAUGUGGCAGACGAUUCUCUACCCUCCCAUCUACGUGCGGAUCAUCGACACCUGUGUCGCCAUGCUGUUCAAUUGGAAGUGCAGCAACAUCAGCCGCUGGCAAAAGCUCGCGGGGUACCUGCAUCUGUUCUCCUUCACCAGCACCAAGUCCGUGGUCCAUUGGUUCCAGAUCAUCCGGCACAAAAACUUCCAGUUCUACGACGACGAAAUCCACGCGCCCUUCAGCGUCGUGGCCAGCGAACGAUUCUACAAGCCCGUGAAAUACCCCACGAAGAACAUCAAGACGCCGAUUGUGCUACUAUACGGCGGCAGCGACAGUCUCGUCGACAUCAACAUCAUGCUGAAGGAGCUGCCGCGCGGGACCGUGGCGAAGAAGAUUGCCAAAUACGAACAUCUGGACUUCCUGUGGGCGUCGGACGUGGAUCAGUUGGUAUUCGGCCAUGUCUUCGAGGCGCUGGAGCUGUACGACUCGAAUCGACCAUUCAACAAUCCCGUGAAGGUGGAGCAGGUGAAUGGCCACAUUGAACACGCCAUUGCGGCCUGAACCCGCCGAUGUAGGGUGGGAAGGAGGAAUGUUGGGGUGUUUCGCACAGCGUAGAUACAUAUCAUCAUCCUAUAGAGAGGAUCAUGCAUCGGGGAAGUAAAGAGAGCACAGGACAAGGUUCGAUGACGACGCCGUUAUGCCAAGCAUUGAUGCAUCCUGCCUGUCCGGUGUGGUCUGUUUGAUGUGAAGCCUCCGGACUGUCGUUUGUCACCAGUUUGUACAGCCAUCUAUCCACAUAGUAUAGUUUAGUAAUGUAAACGCUUGGAUUCCGAGGAUUUGACCGAUGCCUGCAGGA